UGAAACUACUUCUGAAAACCGAAAUUAACGUUGGUUUGGUUUAAUCGCAUUACACUACUUUACUUUACCAAGUUUCUGAAUUUCCCAAUCACGACUUCAUGGACCCCGAAACGCAUCGUGUCAGUCUUGACGAGUCGUAUCGGCCUCUCCCUUCUCUCUACUUGGCUUUUCUCUCAAUCUGGUUCUUCUCUGCUUGUUCUUGGACCAUUAAUACCUAUAAAAACCGCCAUUUUCAGACGAAUAACUUACAGUGGACGCUGGCCUCUGUUCCGUUGAUUAAAGCAUUGCAGCUUACUCUAUCUUUCCUCUUCUGGUAUUCGUGUUUUCAUCUUCAGACUUGCUCUCUGUGGAUGUCCUUUGGCGUGUAUAUAACAGGAGUGCUAUUUCAGACAGCUUCUUUUGUGUCCUUCUUGCUAAUAUCUCAUGGAUACUGCAUCAUGUGUGAGCGUCUUUCAGUAAAUGAGCGCCGUACUACAGCUGCACUUGGGUGUGUCUUUUACUUGACUCUGGUUGGGUAUAGAGCUUCUGUACCUUAUUUCACUGUCCUGCUGCUGCUUAAUUAUAUAGUUUCAUUUUACAUGAUUUUCCACCAUAUUUCUCAAAAUCUGUCAGUAUUACGAGAACAAUUAGCUUUUAUAGAGGACGAAGAUAUUCAAGCAAUGCACGAUGCUGUAUAUACAAAGUACAUCAUGUUUAAGAAAUUUCAGGGAGCUAUGCAGAUAGUAGCCAUGGCAGAAAUUGUGAUAUACCUUAAUGUGGAUGACUCUUCAGAAAAUUACUGGCUUCGCUUGUUAAUUCGAGAAUGGGCACAGUUCUGCAUCUUUCUGUACAUUGGGUGGACUUUUAGAUCACAAGACUUGGCACCACGUUUCUCUGUUAUGCCAACUACAAAGUCUAAAGGGGAGACAAUGGUUCCUCCCAUUUAUAGCAUUGAAAUGGAUGCAGCAACAUUCAAAGAUUUUAGUCGUCAUGAAUGGCAUAUUGGUGUUCCAACUUCUUAUGGUGAUGAAAGCUCAAACGAUUCAGUAUUAGUAGUAAUUCAGCAUCCAAAUGCAUUUCGGAUGAAGUCAGCCUCUGCACAUCCUCAGAGCCUACAUCUAGUCUAACUUCUUAUACUUCAGAUCCCCAUUCGGAUUCAUGUUCAUAGAAGAGUUAUGCAAGUAAAGCAAUUGACAGAAUAGGUUGCUGCAAUUUGGUUACCUACAUCCAUUCUUGGUGUAAGACAGGUCCAACGGGCAAUCUUAUAUCCAUUUGAAAGCCAUACAAUAGAGAAAUCUGUAACUAAAUGCAACAGAUGGUAAAGGUUCAUUCACUUCAAUUAGAGCCUGGAGCCCAUCUACAUAUGUAUUCAAUAUUGUCAAUCAAUCAAAAACUGUAUAUUCUUUCCUUAUGUGGGUUGAUCUCAUUAUAUACCCUUGUCUAAUUUUUGGCAAAGAUCAAGUAUCUACCCU